ACAAUAGAAAUGACACGGUGAGCUGAGUAAAGUUCUGUACUGUGAUGACAGAACCUGCUGCUGGUAACCAUACUCAAGCAAACGUGUCAACCUUCAUCUACCCCAACUUUUAUAGUAGAUGGAACUAUGGUGUCCCUCACUGUGACAGUAACAGUUACAGUCACAGACAGAGAUGGCUUGCAGUCUGAUUAAUCCGGAAGGUAAAUCUGAACACCCAUCUGAGACAGGGACGGGUACAAUUCGGUGGCUUGCGACGAGACCACUUGCAGGUAGAUGGGUCAUUGAGUACAAGGGACAAGAGAACUACAAUAUCAGUGUCCAAGGGGAAAGUCCUUUGGGCCUCGAGAUAACCUUGUACGAAAUCGACACAAUAACUGGAGUUUCCGAACUUGUACAGAACAGCCCAACCGCAGGUCGUCCGACAAGGAUUAUACUGGAUAUUGUGGGCGCGGAGCUGAUGGGCAUGCUCUUUAACAUCUCCCUCGUGACGUCAGACGGAAGGAGUCUUGCUAGCGAUUGGGUGAGGCACACAGGUGGACCGAAUGACCCUCAGUAUGCAACCACACUCACCUGGCCUGCUGAGUCCGUGUACGUCCUGGCGGUUGGCACAGAGAGUAGCGGGGACAGCUUUCAGCGUCAGAGCCCCUACACGUUUGUUCCAACGCUCAUUGACCUCCAGCUGCUCAACGACCCCGGCACCAGUGUUAUGCACAGUUCUGUGCCCCUGACCAUCAGGUACACGGUGACAAACUAUGGACAGACAGAUACGUUGCUGUUAUCUACGUCAGUUGAUAACAAGGUCUUUGAAGCAAAUGUAUCCCCAUCCAAGAUAGUGCUUGGUCAGGGAAGCACGUUUACCGGAAGUGUCACAGUUACCGUAGAGGAAUCAACAGUAGCAUCAUCGGAAACCGGGCUACUCCAAGUGCGAGUGACAAGUCGCAGCGACCCCCACGAAACGCAAAAGGCGACUCGUCUUCUCACGGUGGGUGGGUCAAAGGCUGACGACAAGCCGCCAUCUUGUCACGUGAUUUCUAUCACUAGCAACUGCAGCGCCAGCGCCGGACCAGAUGGGAGGCGCUCAAAGUGCGGCGAGGGCCAGUGGACUGUUCGUGCGUUGGUGUCUGAUGACGUGUCAGGCCUGGCGUCUGUCUCCUUCAGUGGCGUCAGCGCCUCUGACGAAUACGUCAUCGAGCCGAUCAUCAAAGGUCAAGCGACCAAAGAGGUUCCCGUGUUCUACAGAACCACUUGCUGCAAGAAGAGCAUCACUCUGUUAACGUCUGAUGAGGCUGGUCACGCGAACAUCUGUGAGUUUCUUCAGGACUCCAUUGGCGUGACUACAGGCAAGGUGUCGCAAGGAAAGGUUUCUCCAAACACAAAACAAUCUUUGACGAUGACAUCAUCGCCUGUUCAGCGAUCGUCAAGGGUUAGCUCAACCACUUGGUUUGGGCCGACUCUCCAAGGGGAGACAAUAAUUGUACCUCCGAGAGAGUUGCAGGGUACGACUUACUCCCCUUUGUCACUGAACGCAAAUUCUCAUCUCGAAGGGGUCACCAGAGAGCAGGGCGCGGAGACGGAAGAUUACUCUACAGUAAAGGUAGCAGCAGUCGCUUUGGGAUCUGUCGGAGGAGUUGCAGGACUUUCGGUCAUCAUUCUUUGCAGCCUUUACUUCUUCCGUUAUCGUCGAUAUCGCCGACGAGAGAGUCGAGAUGAUGAAGACAACCUCAGCAGCUCCACCAUAAGUACUGUAUCUCAAGCAUCCGAUUUCCGUUGUAGUGUUCCCUCACGAGCGUCCAGGCGCGGACUUUGAAAGAACACAUAACAAUGGGAGCUACGGACAAAAAUGUUUUGAAAACCUGGAGAGCGAAGCUUAGGCCAUGCCACGAUUAUUUCAUUCUAAAAGAGGAGGGAAAGCUUCUGAAAUAGAAGAAAACCUGACUGACAAGGCGACAAAAAAGCUAUCUCUUUGCGGGUUUAUGUUCAAAAUCAAGUAGAACUGCUGAAGGGCAGCACAGAUGACAGAAAAGUGUUGCUACCCUGUCAAUUGGUUCUCCUCAUAGUUCACACAUUGCAUGUGCCCUGCUGUAGUAAAGGCUGGAUCUUUAAAGAAGAGGAGUGUCUACCGGAUGCAUAUGAGGAGGCAACAUAAACUUCAUGUUAUGCUCACUUAUUUUUCAUCAGAAUUGUACGGGUUCAUUUUAAUCAUUAGACACCAUGAAUUCAUCCAUCCGGUUUAUUUUAUGCCAACGCAGUAGGUACUCCAAACUGAUUUUUGAAUCAAUAAUCAGUAAGAAA